AUGAAGUCGGCGAUCACCGCAGGUCUUUCAAAUGCGGAUCGAUUCCUCUGGGCUUGCCCUUCAGGCAGCUCAAAGACCUGCAACUCCAAGCGUUGGAAGCUUCCUGGUGACCCCAGCCCGGAGAGCAUUUCUACAUUGAACGAGUGGUGCCAAGCAAUGUCCCCGCAUCUGUCUCUUCGAUGGGACUUCGGCUUUCUGGAUGCUGCGCAGGAUUCUUUGGAGAAGGCUGGCCGGGCUGACGGAGGCCGCGGGCUCGACUUCUCUUGCGGGAGCGGAAAUUUCAAGGGGCAGCUGAACAAUCUUCUCCAUCGUCUUUUGAAAAGACCUGUCGUCAAGGGGGAUGUGGUGUACGAAGUCUCCGAAGCGGCUCCCUUCACUGCAUCCGUCUCUUUGACGCCUGACACUCUCUUCGGGAGCAAAAGCCAGCCACCAGGUCGACGCUUCCUGGGUCAGCCUUGCAGCGCCAAGAAGCCAGCGGAGCAAGCGGCAGCUGCAAAAGCCCUUCAAGCACUGCAAGAGCUCUUGCCAGUGAGGACUCUCCAGCUGAAGAACCCUUCCGCUCCGAAUCAUCAUCAGGCUGUCACAGCCAACUACAAAGGCCAGCUGGUUGAGCAGCUCCAGCAGCUGUUGGGUCGCACCUUGAAACCUGGAGAUGUGAUCUUCAAGACGCAGGCGGAUGUGCCACCAUUCGUCACCUCCGUGGAGGUCAACGUGCUGCAACCGUCGGCACUGCUAGGCACUGCUUGCCCCACCAAGAAAGCCGCCGAGCAAAGCGCAGCGCAAGCCAUGGUAGAAAAGCUGCACCGGGAUCAUCAGGACAAGCUGAAGCGGAAGCCUGUGCCAGGACCCAUGGCUCCUGCAUUCAGUUGUACAGUUACGCUUACUCUGGGAGAUUCUGUCAUCGUUGAAGCGACCAGCGAGAAGGGCCGCAGCUUCUGUUCCAAGCAGGCAGCGAAGGAGAAUGCUGCCUUCCGUGCAUGUGAGCUUUUAAGUCAGAGAGUUUCAGGCGUAGCAGGCCAGCUCCAGCUAGCAGAACAGUUGGGGCGGUACUCCUUCGGAGAGGGUUCCAAGAGCCGUCCGGCUCCGCUGCCUUCGCCGCCUCUCAGUGUCCCGCGCCCUGUUGGCCUGGUCACUGGAGGUUGA